UACUUCAAGUGAUUGUAGAUGGAGAACUAGUGUGUCUAAGUGGGUUUGUUGGUGUUUCUGAUGAAGUCUGUGUGAGUGAAGAAUAUGAUUUUGGUGAUAAAUUUGUGUAUGUCUGAUUUUGAAGUGUGUGUAACUGUAUACCAUGGACUUGUACAGCACAUUGGAAAUGUGUGUUCACCUCUCCAGCUUUCAGCGAGUAUGCUCAAAGUAUUUUCUUUAUUAAAAUGAUUUGACACUUUUUCCUUUUCUGAUAGAUUUGCCAGCGAGUAAGAAUACUUUUGUAACUUUUAAUUUACAUAUAAGCUAUAUAAAUUAUGUAAGUUAUACAGUUUUGUCUCUUUUUUAGCAGGGGCUGUAAAACUGAAAAAAAUAGCAUAACUGGCAAGAUGGAGUUUUCUAGAAGCAGAUAAAAUUUUUAUGCUGAGUUUUAAAAGAAAAUACACACAAGACAAUGUUCUGCAAGAUGAGAAAGAAAUUGCAAAUAGCAAAACUUAAUGUGUUUCAUUAGCUUACAGGAGUUGGAUUUUUAAAAAUGGGACUUUUUCUGACUUCCUAUUUUCUUUUUUAAUUUUUUUUUACUGACUUACUGACUAACUUUCACAAGGAGAGUUAUUUGUUUGCAUUGUAUUCCUUCAUAAUAUGUUUAAGUCACUGCAUGAAGGAAUAUUGGGUGAUAUGUAGUGCAAGUUAUGAUAUAUAUAAAAUAGGUAAGAACUAGUGUGAGCUAGAAAUGAUACAGAAUCAAUACUAUUAGCUUGUUUUGGCUUUCCUCCUGAUCAUUCUUCUGCAACAAGAAGUUGUCCCCAUGGAUUAUUUUGGGAAAAUGUUUUUGAAUCAUUCUCUGUGGUAAUAAAAUAACAGCAUGACAUCAGAAACACCCAAUGUAAGUAUAAUCAGAAGAAAAUGAUGGAAUUUAUUUACUUGAAAGAAAAAACUUUUUUCAGGUUGAUAUAUCAUUGGAAAAAAAAAAAGUCAAUGAAAUAUACUAGUUUUUCACAGCAACGGAGUUGUACCAUUCUUGCCAAAGCAUUGACUAGUUAAGAUUUUGGUGUCCAGAGCUGCUCUUAGAGGUGAAAAAUUUGGGCUUAUUUCCUGGAACCUUUGCCAACGGAGAGGACAGUUAGUUUAAGAGAUGUGCAAAUGCUCCUGUGCAUAGAUAAGAUGAGAACAAAAGCUCAUCUUUUAUGUUCACGCCGGGUUAACUGAAAUUACUGGUUUGUAAGAGGGGAAGAUGUAUUCUUCAGAGUGGCAAAAAGCAUGGCCAUUAAGACUUCCAUUUGGGAUCUGGGAAACUUCAGCAAGUCCCUGGUUUUAAUCAGCUGUAUUUUUUAUUCAGACCAGGAACUUAAAUUAGGUCCUCUCGUGACCUAUAUAGCUUUCUCAAACCAGAGUGAUUCUUUUGCGUGGGGUAGCUCUGGAAUGCAUCAAGGAGAUGAAACGAGCAAUGCUGUGAUGAACACUUAAUCCCUCACACGGGUCUGCUCCGUUAGGAGAGGUUGAGAUGAGUACCCUGCAGCAGGCCUGUGGUGCCCAAUUUUGGAUAUUGGCAUGCCAAGAAAUUUAAUUAGAUAUCCUAAGCCCAGUACCCUCAACAUCAACCUACAGAACAGUAUGACACAGCUCACUUGCAUGCUGUUUAUUUCUCUCUUGUUCAAAGAGUAUUGGGUUUUCUGUUGUGGGAAAAGGAGAUGAUAAAAACAAACAAAUAGUUUUGUGACAUGGGAAAGAGCUUUCUUCCUAUCUCUGUGUUUUAAUGGAUCAAGGGGGUUUCUCUUCUAGCGGAAGACCUUGCUGCACAACUUAGGACACUGUCUGGUUCCUGAACCAAAGAUACCUAUCUGACUUUUCAGUCUCAGAAAUAGCUUUUUCAAAUGUGAAAAAUGGUUUUAUUUCAGUUUUUUUCCUUGGUGAUUGCAUGUACCACUCCUGUCUCUUCAUUUUUAACCACCCAGUCUUAACAAUCUAGAUUUGUUCUAUCCAAUCUUAACAAUAGAGUUGUUUUCUUUUCUCUAUGUAUGUAACUGACAGAGAUUCCAAGUAAGGAACUCUAUUAUAAAGAAUUAAUCUUGAUGUGUAAAAUGGAAUUUUAAAAUGUGCAUGAUAAAAGAAGUUGCAUUUCAUUUCUGCUUGUUCUUAAAUAAUGAAUUCAUUUAUAGCAUUAUAUCCUAGAAAAAUAAUUCUGCAUAGGCCACGACUUGAAUCUAAUUAGAAAACUGUUGUAUUAUAGAAAUGCAUUCCACACAGAGUAGUUUCUGUAUUUAUCAGAUAAGCAGUAUAUGUCAUCGACUAAGGAUCUAAUUAAGGUUUCAAGACACUGAAAGGUAAGCACUUUAAUAAUUUUAGAUUAAUUUUACUUUUCAUAUAUAUAAAAAUGGAAGAAUACUAACAUAUCUAUUCAAUUUUCAGUUUUGUUUUUAUUUCACCUUGAAGUAUUAGAUACUUCUCAAAGAGCCUAUUUGAACCAUAAUUGUAACAACUUCAUUGAAGGGUAUCAAGGGUCACAUUCUACUGCCAGUUAAAUUUAUACAGCUUCAGGGAUGCAGCAGAGGGCAGGAUUUCCCUCAUAAUUUGAAUCAACUAAACACCUGUUACCUGGAGAAAGACACAAAUGAUAAGGAAUUGGAUACUACCUCAAAUGUAAUAAAAAUAUGUCUUCAGUAGCAACUAAAGCAGAACACAAAACAUAUUGCUACUGUAGUUGUGCACGUCUGUACAUCUGAAAUUAGAAACUGUCCCUAACAGACAAUGAGCCAUGGCUCCCUAUUUGGAGGCUAUUGGCAGAGCUGUUCAACCUGUUUACUUGCUCAAACACAAAAUGAUCUCUUAAAUUGCUAAAACAGAUUGUAGAGAAAAUUGGCAAGAGAAGAUGUUAACAUGGCCCAGGGCUUCAUUUGUAGGAUUUGCAGUGCAAAGCCUGCAAAUACUUGGCUCCAAUGGCUUUUUUUCCUCCAUUGAAUUGAAGUGAAGGAGAAGAAUAGGGAACAGGAAAAAAUAACAGCAACAUCAAUGUCUACAUUUCAACCACCCAUCAAACCAACCAUCAACAAAGAGACUGGCUUUCAGAAAUUGAAGGGAAGCCAUAUGAGGAGCGUCUGAGGUCACUUCAUCUGUUCAGCCUGGAGGAGACUGAGGAGAGAUCUCAUUGCAUUGUACCACUUCCUUGUGAGAGGAGGAGGAGGGGAUGAAACACCCUGAACUCCAGAAGCAGUCAGCAUAAAUCCCACGAGUGAAUACUCUGCACCAGUCGACAUAAGGAUAUCUUUCAGCUUCAUUGCAGCUGAAGUCAGUGACUUCAUACUGAAAGAGGCUGGUUUUGAGACUACAGACCAUGACAGUUUGUAACAGCGAAGCAACGUACAUGUCUGUGUGAAUACAUAGCCAUGUAUACCUAUAAGGACUGUCAAGUGCUGCCUAAAAAAGGAAGGAGCCGUGGUGGCAUUAAGUGCAGUGGAGGACACAAAUCCAGGCAUGCUGGAGGAUCUGAGCUGUUUCCUGCAGCACUGAACCUUUUCAGAGUUUUCAUUGUUGUUUCCUGCAAAGUAUUAAAAUGCGAGUGUCUGUCAUUCAGGAUCUCAGGGAGGAUGAAAAUGGGGAAGAAGAAGAAACGGUCUUCCUCAAGCCUGUUAUUGAGGAUAGAAAUAUGGAACUGGCCCGAAAAUGCAGUGAAUUAAUAAGUGAUAUACACUAUAAAGAAGAGUUUAAAAAAUCUAAAGGCAAGUGCAUAUUUGUACCUGACACCCCGCAGCUAAAACAUGUGAAAAGUCUCGGUGCUUUUAUUUCUGAGGUGAAGUACAAAGGAGCUGCUAAAAAAGACCUUUCCAACUCUCUUUAUCAGCAGAUGCCAGCCACAAUUGACAGUGUAUUUGCAAAAGAAUUAAUGCAGCUUCAGAGCAAGGUUCUCUAUAAACAAAAACAUGAUGCUGAGAAAGGAACUUCAGAUUACGCACGAAUGAAGGAGCCUCCAGAUGUUAAGCAUGCCAUGGAAGUCAGUAAACACCAGAGUGAUGUAUCCUAUAAGAAGGAUGUGCAAGAUACUCAUAGGUACACUGAAGUGCUGAACAGGCCAGACAUAAAGAUGGCAACUGAGAUAACAAAGAUAAUAAGUGAUGCUGAGUACAAGAAAGGAAGGGGAGAGAUGAAUAAGGAGCCUGCUGUACUUGGAAGACCAGAUUUUGAGCAUGCCAAAGGAGUUUCAAAACUUUUAAGCCAAGUGAAAUACAAAGAGCAGUUCAGUAAGGAAAUGAAGAGUCACCAGUACAAUCCUCUUGACAGUGCUUCCUUCAAGCAAGCAAAGAUUGCAUCCACCUUGGCAAGUGAUGUGAAUUACAAGAAAGAUUUGGAAAGCCUACAUGAUCCAGCAUCUGAUCUACCAAACCUGCUAUAUUUAAACCAUGCUUUAAAUAUCAGCAAAACGCACAGUGAUGUCAAGUACAAAGAGAAUUAUAAAAAAUCUAAAGGCAGAUCAAUGCUGGAGUUUGUGGAUACACCAAUGUAUCAAGUUUCAAAAGAGGCUCAAAAGAUGCAAAGUGAGAAAAUGUAUCGCAAAGAUUUUGAAGAAGGGAUCAAGGGAAGACCCUCACUGGAUUUAGACAAGACCCCAGAGUUCUUGCAUAUAAAGCAAGUCACUAACCUUCUGAAAGAGAAAGAAUAUCGGAAAGAUUUGGAAGAAGGGAUGAAAGGAAAAGGAAUGACAGUAUUUGAAGAUACACCAGAUUUGAUUAGAGUGAAAAAUGCUGCUCAGAUACUAAAUGAGAGACAAUACAAGAAAGACCUGGAAACUGAAAUUAAAGGGAAGGGCAUGGAAGUUGGUCCAGAUACACCUGAGAUAAGACGAGCCAAGAAAGCUUCGGAAAUUGCAAGCAUGAAAGAAUACAAGAAAGACUUAGAGAAUGAAAUUAAAGGAAAGGGAAUGGAAGUGAGCACAGAUACCCUUGAUAUACAACGAGCCAAAAAAGCUUCUGAAAUUGUCAGCCAGAAAAUGUACAAAGAUGAAGCAGAAAAGAUGCUCUGUAACUAUUCUACUGUCCCUGACACUCCCGAGAUGGAGAGGAUAAGAAAUACUCAGAAAAACAUCAGUUCAGUAUUUUAUAAGAAGGAAGUAGGAGCUGGCACAGCUGUAAAAGAGACUCCAGAGAUUGAAAGAGUAAAGAAAAAUCAACAGAAUAUUAGUUCGAUUAAAUACAAGGAAGAAAUUCGACAUGCAACAACUAUUUCUGAUCCACCGGAACUAAGGAGGGUUAAGGAAAACCAGAAGAAUAUUAGCAAUGUUCAAUACAAAGAACAGCUCUGGAAAGCUACACCUGUGAGUGUCACCCCUGAGAUGGAGAGAGUCAAGAGGAAUCAAGAGAAUGUCAGCAUGGUUCACUACAGAGAGCAGCCUGGCAAAGCUACUGCUGUGAGUGUCACUCCUGAGAUAGAGAGAGUCAGGAAGAAUCAAGAUAACAUCAGCUCGGUCAAGUACAGCAGUGAUCAGAGGCAGAUGAAAGGUAGACGUAGUGUGCUUCUAGACACACCUGAGCUAAGGCAUGUCAAAGAAACUCAAAACAACAUCUCAAUGGUAAAAUAUCAUGAAGAUUUUGAGAAGACAAAGGGCAGAGGCUUCACCCCAGUGGUAGAUGAUCCUAUAACAGAGCGUGUACGGAAAAACACCCAAAUUGUGAGUGAUGCAGCAUAUAAAGGUGUGCAUCCACAUAUUGUUGAAAUGGAUAGAAGACCUGGAAUAAUUGUUGCCCCUGUUCUCCCUGGGGCAUAUCAGCAAAGCCAGACUCAAGGAUAUGGAUACAUGCACCAGACCAGUAUGUCGUCCAUGAGGUCCAUGCAUUCACAGCCUCAUUCAGCAAGUCUGGGUGGAGAGAGUACCGUUCCUUUUCAACAGAGAACAUAUAGAGCUAUGUAUGACUACAGUGCUCAAGAUGAAGAUGAAGUUUCCUUCAGGGAUGGUGAUUAUAUCAUCAAUGUGCAACCAAUAGAUGAUGGCUGGAUGUAUGGUACUGUUCAGAGAACUGGGAAAACAGGAAUGCUUCCAGCAAAUUAUAUUGAGUUUGUUAACUAAUUUUUGUCUCUAGUCCUUUGAGCUUUAUUAUGAUUUACUCAAAAUCUAACCUUUUAGAAAAAAGUCAGAAGAAUCUUUUAAGAGUACAUGAUCAUGACGUUAUCACUGCAUUCUUACUCAGAAUCCAAUUUAGAGUUCUUUAAAAUAGAAAUAAAUAAACCACAAGAAGCUCAGAGCUUUGAAAAUAGCAUGGCUUAUAAUCAUGCUCUCUCAAAAUGAAAAACAUAUAUGGAAGCCUGGUGCUGCCUAUCCUAUAAAAAUUUUAGUCAAUUACCUGUAAAGGGGAAAUACCUUUUCCCUACUUAUCAAAGAGGUUAUUUCUCUUUAUAAAAACAACCAUAAAAUUGAUGCACUUCUGGCACUCUGAAGUCACAGGAAGUUAACACACUGAGUUUGAACACAUCUUCAAAUUAUUAGGGAGGUGUUUAAUGUUUGAGCAGUUAGCAUCCUAAUAAAAAAUAAAAUGUUGAGUAGAUAAUUCAGUCAUUUGAUAUAAUGACAAGUAAUAUGCCAGUAAAAAACCCAAUAAAAUCCCCUACUGCCCAGCAGCCUUACAAUAAACAGGUUCAUUUUAACAGCAAAAUUUUCCUGACUCUUGCAUACCCACAUUUAUUUCUGCAUUACCCAUUUUUUCUUAUUUACAAGUGACCUAUCAGCUUUGCUUGCAUCCCAAUCCAUCAGUUAGAUCCAUAUCUAGAUCCAUGAUUCUUCAGUAUCUUUUCCACAGAAGAUUCCUUGCAAAGACUAUCUAAAGUAUAAAACCUGUCAAGUCUUCUGUUUCCUUCUAAUAAUAACUAGCAUUUAAAUAGAAACUUCCAUUAGGGCAACAUAUAACCAAUACUUCAUGUUAGUUCCUUUACCUUCACUUCUACUGCUGUAAAUAAAUAUCCCGUGUGAGGCCCCGGUGCUGUGCAGUCACACAAAGCCUGCAGUCAUAUCCCUCCUUCUUACCUACCACAGGUAACUCGCUUAAUGGCUGCUUUGCUGAUGAGCUAAUGUACCUACCCCUGCUUCAGAAAUACUUAUGCCUCCAUUGAGGAGUGGAGGACAGCUCUGUUUACUGUAGUGCAUUUCAGAUCGAUGACCUAUUGCUUCAGUUUACUCAAAAAAUCUUGGUGAUCCAACAGUGGGUUGUACGCUUGCCAAAUGUUUAAUGAUGGAGAAAUAUUAUGUUUUCUUUUACUGACUUGAUCUUUCUCAUAACUGACACUGAAGGGAAAGCUAACUAAACAAAAGUCCAACAUUCUAUGCCAUUAUGUUUCAGUUUAGCCAUCUGUAGAAAACAGUAAAAAUAUUCUGCUGACAAACCUUCACAUAUGCUAUUUGGUGUCUGUUAACAUAACGGUCAGAACUGAGAGAUCCAGGUCUCAGUCUGUGAGGCUGAGGAGAGGAUCAAACAACUGGUGACAUAGUGGACCUGUAAGAGGGACUGUGUCAGCAGGCUUGGGUCACAGGGAACUUGCUUUUGCUUUGACUGAUUGCUGCAUUCCCUCCCAGGGAGAAAUUGUGGGAGGAAGGACAAAAGAGUUAAAGAUUCAUGUGGGAACUUAUUCGUGCGGAUGCAGAUGCAGAAAAUGUUUUUACUGAUAAUAUAGUUUGUGGAGUUCAGCCAUGUGCUAGAGAAGUUAGAGACGCUUGUAGUAACCCUCAGAAUGUUGAGUCUGCACUGGCUUCCUUCCAUUUCUAAAAUUUUUAAAGUAGAAUUAAAUAUAGAGCUUAUAGACAAUUUUGUAUUUCUCAUUUCACAAAGUAGGCAACUUUGCAAUAUCUAUUUAAAGAAUAAGGAAGGCAGUAUGGAUUUGUUAUGUCAACUGAAAGUUGUCAAUGCAAAUACGUGCAUGUUCUAUUUUUGCAUACAAUUAGGAAUUGGAAAGCUUAUGCAAUUUUAUUUUGGGUUUUGCUAACUCGGGGCUGAUUCUAGCUGCCAAACAGAAUGACUGCAUUAAAAAAAAAAAAAAUUAAAAAAUGUCCAUGACUGUGGAAUUGCCUGGGCUUUCUUGUCAGCAACCUAAUUCCAAGGCUAAAGCUGUCCAGGAGCAUCUAACUUCAAAAAAUAUUGUUUAAAACCAGAGAUUCACUACUGUAAAUAUCCAAUCUCUAUGGGUGACUGCUGUCAUUUAAAAUUCUUGAAAGUUUUGCAUAAGGAGCUGCUGCUGCAACAGAACCUCAUGCAUUGCUGGUGACAUCCACGUGAAAUUAGCAAACUUUGCAAGUGAAAUGGCUUUUUCAAAAGGCUGAUGUGAUAUGCUGAGCUAGAAGCUCUGAAAAAAGCAGUCUGCUUCUGUGUUGGUUUUCAUCACCAGCCGUCAACAGCAAGGAGAGGAAUUUCAUCUUAUGCUGGGUAGCAAAUUUUUCAGAUGAUGCCUGAGGCACAAUUGGCUGUCACUUGCUUCUUGCUGCUCUAUUAGCUGUGUAAUGCUGACAACAAUAAAAACAAGUUGUCAGUUUGUUAACCCAAUAAAAUUUAGAGAAUAGAUAUAUUGAAUCAAGUUACAGAUUUUAGUGAUUUAUAAAAAUGAAUUUCAACCUAUAAAGAGAUGAUCAUUCUUCCUAAAUGAGGAGAUGACUUGCAGUGUUGAACACUUUAUGUAUAGAAGUAAAUGAGAAAAUGGGCAUUUGAUGACAUUAGAGAACUAUGUUGUACUAAACAAUCAAAAUAAAAUUUCCUUUAUGAAUUUUGAAAAUUCAUUAGCUUGGUAGAGCAGCUAAAGCAAUAUGCAAAAAAAUAAAAGGUCAAGAAAACACAACAGUAUGAGAAUUGUGUUUCUCUUGAGAAUGGUAUAUCAGCAAAAUUAUUAAGAUCUGGUUUAAGUUACUCAUUCAUGUAAUCAAGUUUUUUAUAUCAUAUAUGCUUAGGAAUUCAUGUUUAUGUGGAACGGUUCCUGCUUUUUGAUAUAAAACAAACUUUAGUGUCAUUAUGCAGCUCUUUUCUAAGCAAAGCAAUCAAAGGCCCAAAAUUAUCAGAGUGCAAUUAAAAAAAUGUUUUUAUAAGAUCUAAAAUUUGUAAGGUAGGGAAAGUAAGUCAUAAACUAAAUUGUGCCAGCAUAGGUUUUAAAAGGCAUAUGUUGGAGCCUGUUACAUGCAGUGUGAUAUAGAGGUGAAAAGAUGUUAUAUGCUGUCUUGUCACCUUUAAAAUAUGUAUUCCUUUUUAGCACGACAUGUUCCCCUCACUGUUCUUUCUUCCCGUAGUCAGUUUUUCUGGGGAAAGGAAAGGACUUUUACAGAGGUGAAUUUCCCAAGCUGUUCCAAAGUUCAGAUUGGAAGUUCACAUGUUCCCCUUUUAGAAAUAAAGAAUUCUGUAAAGAAUGCUUUAAUUCUUGCUAACAUGAGUAUAAAUGUAGAAAACAACAUAGAGCAUAUUCAUACAUAUAUACAAGAACAAAUGGGUGCCUUGCUUUUCAUUACUCUUUCUUGCCUGGCUAAUCUUCAUUUUCUAAACAAAGCUACGUACAGAGACUGCAGUUGUAAUUUUUCAUUAUGGAACAUUAGCAUUUAAUCUUGAUGAAACAGGGUUUUCUUGAUUACAUUUGACAUACAAUAAACUACUUCAGCAGAUUGGGAUUUGACGGAGAAUCACCUCCCAUGGAUUAUGUUUUUGACAAAUGUGUCCCUCCCGAGUGUUCCUCAGGGAUAUGGAAGGUCUCCAAUACUUGGGAAGGUAAUAAUUCUUGUUUUUAUUGUACAGUGACUGCAUGUCAUCUUGUACAAUGGAAAAGAAAUGACAAAUACCAAGGUCUUUGGCAGAAGGUGGUACAGGGUAUAAAAUUUUAGAUUUUAAUUAAGUUGAUUAAUACUCCAUUUAAACCAUAGAAUAUGCUUUAGUUAGUAAAUGUUUAAAUAAUGUACUGAAACAGACAAAAGAUGCUGUUGAAAGAAGUUCUCCAAACUGAUGUGCUGGCAAAUGCAAAGUACUGGUGAGCAGUAUAAAGAAUAAACCAUUUCGCAAUGCUUUAGUGAUUUUCUCCAGCUUUAUGCCAUAGGAACCCCAUCUCUCCUUUGGAAGGAAAACCUGAAAGCUCUAUUUCCUAUACUGCCUGCACUACAACAGUAUAUUCAAAGGAAUUUCAUAUGCUUCUUGUGUCUGAUAAAUAGAACUUGCAUAUUGUACUUAAGUUGUAAUCCAGUUGUUGUUGACAUUUGUUUAAUUAUUAUUAUUUUAGGGGGGGAAAUAAGCUAUACUGUAGCAUUUCAAUCGUGUAUUUAAUAUUACUAUUAGAAAUUGCUAGACCAUUGGAAGACAGCAAUGACUGUAUUGACAUUGAUUAGCAUGAUGUGGAAACUCGGCUGUUGGUUUUUGCAGUGUGAUAUAAAAAGCAAAAAUGAACCGCUGUGCAGUUUGGCUUAUGUUUGCUUUAAAGUGUGUAAAGUUUUAGUUAUUUUGCAAAACUGUACUGUAUUUGGGGGUAUACAGUUAUGGAGGUAACAAUUGUUUUUCAAAGGACAGAUAAACUUUCUCUUGGAUCAUAUGAUGUAUCAUCUUAAUUUGGCUUUUGUUAUGCAGAAAGUUAACACCAGCUAUUAAAAUAUAUUUUAGUA